AUGGCCGCCAACGAUGUUCGAGGAUGGGUCAUGAGCACCGUCUCAGGUGUCGCCUGUGUACUCGGCUCGGGGAUCAUCUGUGUCGAUAUCAUCGUACGCCACAUUACCCGGGACAAGAAGUUUCAGAUUGCGAACAGCAACAACUUCUUGUCCGCUUCAUUAUGUCUGAGUGCUGGUGUCAUGCUCUUUACGUCCUUGUAUAGUAUGCUGCCCACGUCCAAAGAGUACUUGACACGAGCGGGCCAUUCCUCUUCUGCAUCCGCCUACAUCCUGACCGGCUUGUUCAUUGGGGGUGUGGUGGUCAUCCGCAUUGCCUCCGGCUUUUUACAUCGUUUCAUCCCGUCGCAUGUCGUCGAUUGCGCCCACACCCACGACGGGCCGGAAGAUGACCCUGAGCGCGGUGAACAAAUGCAAGAUUGCGACGAUGCGUCAAAUCACCCUCACGCCCAUAGCGCCCAGAGCGCCCAUGAGCAGACCCCCCUACUGCGCCCUGCUGGGUUGCACGGUUCCAAAUCGACGUCCCAGGUCACUCCGCAGAUCCCUGGUGUCUCGAGCGCGAAACGACAGGGUUCCCUCAGAGCGUCCAUCUCCCGGCGCAUCAGCUCCCUGAUGGACGGCGUGAAACAUCGAUGCGACGAAAAUGGCCCCUGUUAUGGCUUCUCCCAAACAUGUGGGCAAGAAUGCACAAAAGUCCUCGUUCCGACUCCCACGCCGCUGCCGUCUGGCCAUGGGGACUUUGAACCUCGCCCAGAAUUACUCCCAUCGCGGCACAGUCUUGACGGUCAACUAGACUCGACACAUCCCAUUGCAGAUAACACUAAUUUGAUUUCAGCCCUCGCAACCUCGGACGAGGAGCACCUGGGUGUCGGUGAUUCCGGGUUAAUUACCACGCAUACACCGACUUCCUCGUCCUCUUCCCAUACUCAGAGACCGAUCGCAGAGCACGAUCCAGACGCACACAAGAUCUCGGACGACCAUAGCUCUCAUCAACAUCAUCACGAGUGUCAAGAGGGCCAUAAUCAGCACGAACACGAUGAUGCUGGAGAAGGCACCUCGAAAGCAGAUCCUAUUCACCAUCACCAUGUGCCUCAGAAUGCCUUCCUCUCGAUUGGCCUCCAGACCUCUCUCGCUAUUGCGUUGCACAAACUUCCCGAGGGCUUUAUUACCUUUGCGACCAAUCACGCGAGUCCCAAACUUGGGCUCACUGUUUUCUUGGCUCUGUUCAUUCACAACAUCGUCGAGGGAUUUGCCAUGGCACUCCCAUUGUACCUCGCUCUGAACUCGCGAUGGAAAGCAAUGUUCUGGUCCAGUAUUCUGGGUGGAAUCAGUCAACCGGCCGGGGCUGGUAUUGCCGCCGUGUGGUUCUGGAGCUCGGGCCGCAAGGGAUCUGAAUCCGUCGGUCCGUCCUGGGGUGUCUACGGGGGCAUGUUUGCCGUGACCGCCGGUGUCAUGACAUCGGUUGCGCUGCAGCUGUUUAGUGAGGGUCUAGGGCUAACUCAUCACCGGAAUAUGGGCAUGGCCUUUGCUGUAGUGGGCAUGGGGCUGAUGGGGUUCAGUUUUGCAUUGACAGCUUGA